UAAGCCACCUCAAACAGAUUAAUACCAGAAAUGCCCCAGAAAGAAUCCCACCCUUUCUCAAACCCAUACAGGGCUUAAUGGAAAAAAAGUAAACAGACAACUUAACCUAUACUCGGUGAGUGAUUAAGACUGACCCAGACCACACUAUUACCAGGUUAGCGCUUACCCAAUUUGCAUUGGUAAACGGCCCAUAAGAUGCCAUGGAUAAUAGAGUAGAUUAGACCAAUUUCACUGGUCUAAAAACAAAAGAGUUGGAAAGAAUCUUUCUUUUCACCCCCCUUGUCAAAACGUCAAGAUUUCUUUAUUUACCUUUCUUCUCAUGGCUUUGUCUUUAUCCACCUUUAAUCAUUGAAAAAUCUUCCCAAAGGAUGCCCAUUUAAACCUUUAAGCAUAAACACAGAACCAGAUCAAACCAAACAAAAAGAUUGUGCACAACUUCAGAAACAGAUGGAGAGAUUAAAGAGUGACCAAAAUCAAACCGAACGAAAAGAUACAUACAAAAUCGCGUAUAUGAUCCAUUUCUUACUUGGUGCAGGCAAUUUGCUUCCAUGGAACGCGUUGAUCACAGCUAUCGACUAUUUUGGCUAUCUUUAUCCAGAUAAACACAUUGAGAAAGUGUUUUCGAUAGCGUACAUGAGCUCUUCACUUUUAGUUCUUGUUUUGAUGAUAAGUCGGAGUAAUUUGAGCAGAAAAGUUGGCUUUAGAAUGAGGAUGAACUUUGGAUUCACCAUGUUUGUUAUAUCUCUCAUGGUGACUCCGACGAUUGAUUGGGCUCAGAAUGGCAGCGUGUUGAAGGAGAAGUCAUGCAUAAAGUUUUACACAGUGGUUGCAUCGGUUGUGAUCUGUGGUUUAGCUGAUGGCUUGAUAGGAGGGAGCCUAAUAGGGUCUGCAGGUAAGUUGCCAAAAGAGUACAUGCAAGCCGUUUUUGCUGGAACGGCAUCAUCGGGGAUACUGGUUUCUCUCUUGAGAAUUAUAACAAAAGCAUCACUCCCGAAUGAUCCACAAGGCUUAAAGACAAGUGCCCACUUCUAUUUCAUAGUCAGCGCAUUCGUUCUUAUGAUCUGCAUCAUUUGUUGUACUCUAUUGUACAAGUUGCCGGUCAUGGAACAAUAUAACAAUCUACUCCAACACGACCAUCCGACUUCACGAACUAAAUUAUGGGAUGUGACAAGAAUGAUUCAAUGGCCGGCACUAGCCGUAUUCAUUAUAUAUACAAUAACUCUAUCUAUUUUCCCGGGAUUCUUAGCAGAAAAUCUACAGUCGAAACGCCUUAAAGAUUGGUACCCGAUAAUGUUGAUCAUCACGUACAAUAUUGCAGAUUUUGUUGGGAAGUCUUCUACAGCAAUUUAUAUGGUAAACAGCAUUCCUAAAGCUACUUGGGGUUGUGUUGGAAGGCUGCUCUUCUAUCCUCUGUUUACAGCCUGCCUCCAUGGACCUAAAUGGUUUAAAAGUGAAGAAUAUGUGGUGGCUUUGACUUUUAUGUUGGGGUUUACCAAUGGGUAUCUGACAAGUGUCAUCAUGAUUCUUGCUCCUAAAUCAGUGCCACCUUCAGAAGCAGAAAUGGCUGCAAUUGUGAUGGCUUUGUUCUUAGGGAUGGGGUUGGUUUCUGGCUCUGUUCUUGGCUGGUUCUGGAUCAUCUGAAGCUAACGAGCUGUUUGGUUGAUUUUCCAUUAAGCCAUGUAUGAAUAAAGUUGUCUGUGUGGAUUAAUGUGUCUGUAUAGAUUCGGAAGAUUUUUGUAUAGGGGGUUUUUCCUACAAAUGGAAGGAGCGUGUUUUUUAAUUGGGAGGGGUGGCUUGUUUGGAGAAAAAAUGGCUUUCUACAUAAAGCUCCCCCCUUGGAAGCUUACCGGAUAGUCAUAUUGUCACUACCAAACAGUCAUAUAUAGCUAACUGAAUAAGUUGCGAGUCCCAUUAAGCUGCUAACAAACAGGCCCUACAAUGUUUCUAUAUCUAAUGGUCACAUCUAAUGAUUCUUCUUUUAAGCACGACUAGCAAUUCAUUUCAGAGCAAGUGCAUCAAACUUGAGUCACAAAGGGUAAAUUGGUAAUUUUAUGUCAAUCGGACAGUUCAUUCAGAACAUUUAACAAAGAGCUAGUUACCAUUCUGCAACAAGUCAUACAGAAGCUGAUCUUAAUCAUCCAGCACCAAAUCAUUCAGUAUCUACCAAACAGCCCCUAAGUGUCCUAUUCAAGCCUUUUAAACAAAACAUGUCUUAAUCAUCAUGAGAAUAAUUGCACGAUACCAUUAUUAACAUACCGCUAUCACUGACAGUUGCCACAGAAACACGAUCAUCUCAAAAAGAAUCUUGAUUACACAAGUUGGAGACCGU